UUGGGAGUUUGGUGUUUUGGACACGAUUGACAUGCUAAUAUUGGAUCUAGUUCACACCCAAACACAUUACCCUUGUUUCUGGGACUGAAAGGUCAAUUUUAUCCCAGAAAGCAAAACAACCCUAAAUCAAAUCUUACCGUUACCCUUCUCAUCAAUCUGCAAGAUUGAAUCACCUUCAAACAAACCCCAAAAAAUGGACAGAAACGAAAGACCCUCAAGCAUAAUUGAUACAUUAGGUGAAGAACUAGUCAGAAUCAUAACCCCAGUUUCAAUUUGCAUGUUCUUGGUAGUUAUUCUAGUUUCAAUCCUCAACUCUGAUUCUUCAUCUUCAUCUUCAUCUUUAGAAUCAAUCACUACCAUAGCCAAUUUAGCUUAUGAUGAGAGCAAUUCAGAUUCAAUUUGGGACAAAUUUGAAGGUGCCCUUUUGAAUUCUCUUGUUUUUGUGGUAAUUGUAACUAUUAUUACCUUCUUUUUGGUGUUUUUAUUCUAUAUUAGAUGCACCAAAUUCUUGAAAUAUUAUAUGGGUUUUUCUGCUUUUAUGGUGUUGGGGUUUAUGGGUGCUCAAAUUGCUAUUUUGUUGAUUGCGAAAUUGAAUUUGCCAAUUGAUCCUAUCACAUUUGUUGUGAUUAUGUUCAAUUUUGCUAUUGUGGGAGUUUUGGCUGUAUUUUUGUCAAAGAUGGCAAUUCUAGUUACUCAGGCUUAUUUGGUUGUUAUUGGAGUGCUGGUUGCUUAUUGGUUUACUAUGUUACCUGAGUGGACUACUUGGGUGCUUUUGGUUGCCAUGUCACUCUAUGAUUUAGCUGCUGUGUUGUUGCCUAUUGGCCCGCUUCGGCUUUUGGUGGAGCUUGCAGUGUCUAGGGACGAAGAUAUACCGGCCUUAGUCUAUGAAGCUCGGCCUGUUAAUGUCAAUGAGUCUGAUGGUGUUGGUCAGAGGAGGCUGUGGAGAGAGAGGAGUAAUGAUCAGCAAGAACAUACAAAUAUUGGGGUAUCAACUGUUGCAAGUGGUUCUGUUGAGAGAGAUUUAGUGAGUACUGAAGAGGGACGGGUGCCAAAUAAUGAUCAGGAUACUUCUGUGCCAUUGCUUGAUCACAUAAUGAAUGCCGAAGGGCAUGUACACCAAGGAGUAGUUUCAGAUGAUGGCAUGGCCUUUGAAGGGAUUGGUUUGGGAUCUUCUGGUGCAAUUAAGCUAGGACUUGGGGAUUUUAUCUUUUACAGUGUCUUGGUUGGUAGGGCAGCAAUGUAUGAUUAUAUGACGGUGUAUGCUUGUUAUUUGGCUAUAAUAGCCGGUCUUGGAAUCACGUUGAUGCUACUGGCUGUUUAUCAGAAAGCUUUGCCUGCUUUGCCUGUGUCUGUCAUGCUUGGGGUAUUGUUUUAUGUUUUGACUCGGGUUUUGCUUGAAGAAUUUGUAAUGCAGUGCUCCAGUAAUCUUGUUAUGUUCUAGUGUUGUAUAUUUAUUUGUAGUAAAGUCUCAUCUCCGAAGCUGUCACUCGACACUCGUGUUUAAAAGUUGGGUGCAAUUAGCUUGCUUGCAAAAUUGUUCUUUUUCACUCUCAAUAUAUUGGUUGACAGUUGCGCUUGAAGAUUA